AUGAACAAGGAGAACUGCUCCUCAUUGCCAGCAUUCCUCCUCUUGGGAAUUACCAACAACCCUGAGGUGAAGAUGCUUCUGUUCACUAUGUUUGUUGUUGUCUACCUCACUAAUCUGCUGACAAAUCUAGGAAUGAUCAUUUUGAUCAGAAUGGACCCCCAGCUUCACACACCAAUGUACUUCUUCCUUAGCCACCUCUCUUUCUCUGACCUCUGCUAUUCAACUGCAGUUGGACCAAAGAUGCUGGUAGACCUUCUGUCCAAGGACACGACUAUUCCCUUUCUAGGCUGUGCUAUGCAGUUCUUCACUUUCUGUAUAUUUAUAGAUGCUGAGUGUGUGCUUCUGGCAGUGAUGGCCUUUGAUCGAUAUAAGGCCAUCAGCAACCCCUUACUGUAUUCAGUAGACAUGUCCAGCAGGGUAUGUUUCCAGUUAUUGACUGGUGUUUAUGCUGUGGCAUUAGCGGAUGCUUUGGUACAUACAACAUUGACAUUCCAUUUAUGUUUCUGUGGGUCUAACGAGAUUAAUCAUUUCUUCUGUGAUAUUCCUCCAGUCUUAGUGCUGUCUUGUUCAGAUACACAGGUCAAUGUGUUAGUCAUAUUCACCAUUUUUGGUUUCAUUGAACUGAGCACCAUUUCAGGAGUCCUGGUCUCCUAUUGUUACAUCAUCUCAUCAGUCUUGAAGAUCCGUUCUGCUUCUGGGAGAUUCAAAGCUUUCUCCACCUGCACAUCACACUUGACUGCAGUUGCAAUUUUCCAAGGGACUAUGCUUUUCAUGUAUUUCAGGCCAAGUUCUUCUUAUUCCCUAGAUCAAGAUAAAGUGACUUCCCUUUUUUAUACACUAGUAAUCCCCAUGCUGAACCCUCUAAUUUAUAGUUUGAGAAACAAAGAUGUGAAAGAGGCACUCCAAAGAGUGAAAAGUAAAAUGUGUUUAAAAUAA